CUACACAAAGGUCGAGGUUGACCCUGUACGAUAGAGCACCUGAAUAUCCUUGUAAUCCUCCCAUAUAAAAUGAACCGAUCUUUGAUUAGGAGUCAUUGGUUUCUUACCAACCAGGUUUAAUUGUUUUUUGAACGUAUCGCUGUAAUCAUGGUUUUGAGAAUUUUGGUCAUUUCUGCCAUCAUUCCUUUCAUUCAUGGAAUGAUUGGUGGAAAUCCUUGCUACCCGGAUCCAUGUGGACAAAACACGCAAUGCCGGGUUGUAAGUAGUCGUCCUGUAUGUUCGUGUUUACCAGGACAUUUUGGAAAUCCUCUGUCGUAUUGUCGACGAGGAGAAUGCCAAGAUAAUGCUGACUGUGGUCCGUCCCAAGUCUGCAGAGAUUUCAAUUGCGUAAACGCUUGCAGUGGCCAUUGUGGCGUAAAUGCAGAAUGUAACCCGCGUAACCACGUUGCUGUGUGUUCAUGUCCACCACAAUACACUGGAGAUCCACUUGUUAGUUGCCGAAGAAUAGAUCCAGAGGAAUUAUGUCAUCCAAGCCCAUGUGGUACGAACACAAGAUGCGAAGUAAAAAAUUCAGUCCCUGUCUGCAGUUGUCUACCAGGCUACGUAGGCUCGCCAUUAACUGGCUGUAAACACGAAUGCGAAUCUGACUACGAUUGUUCGCCCUCGCAAACGUGCCAAAAUUACCAAUGUACUGCUGCCUGUAAAGCUGGUCUUUGCGCAUCCACAGCUAUUUGUGAAGUUCAUAGCCACAGAGCCGUAUGUACUUGCCCUCAGGGUACCUUUGGAGAUCCCUAUGUAUCUUGUCGUGCUGAGUGUUUGGCUGAUCGAGAUUGCCCAUCUGACCGACCGACUUGUUUGGGCGAUAAAUGCGUAAACGUAUGCAGCGGAGUUUGCGGAAUAAAUGCCAAUUGCGAAGCCAGGGGAGCCACUCCUAUAUGCAGUUGCCCAAGAGACAUGACUGGAGAUCCAUUCGUACGAUGCAGACCAUUUGAACCUUAUGAUUUAUGUGAACCUAAUCCAUGCGGUGCCAACUCCAAGUGUCAGCCAGGACACGAUAACACAGGUAAAGAGAGGCCUGUGUGUACCUGUCUUCCAGGUUACGUUGGAAACCCAUUAACUUCUUGCCAAAGAGGAGAAUGUCAGUCAGAUAGCGAGUGCAGAGGUGAUCAGAAUUGUCUAAAUUACGAAUGUAAGCCCACAUGUGUUGAUCAAUGCGGCGUAGACGCAAAUUGCAAUGCUCAAAAUCACGUAGCUACGUGCACUUGCCCACCGGGUUAUACUGGAAAUGCUAUUGCUAGAUGUUAUCCGAAUUCCGAACGAAGAGGUCGUUAUUAUUACAGAUACUCUAAAAAGAAGUAGGUAUGAUGAUAGUAUUCUUCAUCAGUUUGUUUUCUUUCACUACCAAAGUAACUUUGUAUUCUCAUGUAAUAGUAGGUAUACCUAUUAAUUAUCUGAGAAAUUAUUCUCGAGUUUAAGAUAAUUUUUCGAAACGUGUUUCAAGUGCCAAUCAUACCUAUCUAAUAAUAUUUAUUUUUCGUUAUGCAUAUAAUGUUUUUUUUUUCUAAAUGUCUGUGGAAAUAAAUCGUUCAGUAUUUUAAUGACUAA